CCAGUGUGUCCUCACUCAGUCCUCACUCUGUCCUCACUCUGUCCUCAGCCUGUCCUCUGUCUCUGCUCCGGGGACGACCCGGGGACAGCGCGGGACACAUUAGAUCAGAUUUAAGAGCGAACUGAGACUUUUACUCAAGUGUUUGUAAAGUUUGUGCUGCUUCAGUCUGUGGCUGCGUGGGGUUAGCCGUUAGCCUUUAGCCGUUAGCCUUUAGCCGUUAGCCUUUAGCCUUUAGCCUGUAUCAUGGACAGUCCUGAGGACAGGACCGCGGACAGACUCAUGGAUGAAUAUCUCAAGUCUCUGGGUUUACAGCGGAAGAAAAUCGCCAAAGACGGAUCGUGUUUGUUUAGAGCAGUGGCGGAGCAGGUGCUGCACUGCCAAAGUCGUCACUUGGAAGUCCGAUCCAAAUGUGUGGAGUUCCUCAGGAAAAACCGCAGGACGUACGAGGCCUUUAUGGAAGGAGACUUUGAGGAAUAUUUACACAAACUACGAGAUCCACAGCACUGGGUGGGCGAGGUGGAGAUCAACGCUCUGGCCAUUAUGUACAAGAGGGACUUUUGGAUUUUCCAGGAUCCUGGGAAAUCUGCUGUAAACAUCACGGACAACGGCUUCAGAGACAAGGUGCAGUUGUGUUUUCUCAAUGGGAAUCACUAUGACAGUGUUUAUCCUCUGAGUCGUGUGAGGAGUUCUGCAGUUUGUCAGUCCAUCUUGUACGAGCUCCUGUAUGAGAAGGUGUUUGGCGUAGACCAGAGUCAGCUGACGGUGUGUCAGAGACCCUCAAAGACGUCGGAUCUGCUUAUCGACGAUUUCAUGGCGCCGUGUCCGAGCAGCGAGGAGUCCGACACAGAGACAAACGCACUCAGGAAGGAGAACGGGACGUGUGCAGCUGUUGUCAAAUCAAAGGGCCGUGGUCGCGGUCGUUUUCUGUCUGAACGAGUGAAGCGAUCUCUGAACCCGACUCUGCUGCGAAACGUCCAGUACGACGUUUGGACGCGCUCCAAGAAGGCUCAGCAGAAGAUGGACUUCUGUAUCGCGUCCGGGCUCCAGUACAACGUGGGCGACCGCUGUCAGGUGUAUGUCGACGCUGGAGGGAAGAUGGUCAGUGCCACGGUGAAAAAAACUGUCUCCAGACAACAAUGGACCAGUGACGGUUUACAGCGAGGAUCGGGGAGAGCUCGUUGUCCCUGUGUGGAAACUGCGAGCUCCUUCAGAGACGUCCUGGAGCACAGUCGUCCGGGAGAAGAGGGUCAGCAACGGGAGUGGGAGCACAGGGGGCGUGGCCGAGGUAAAGCCUCCUCUGCCUCCUCCAGCGUCUCUCAGAGCACAGCGCCCCCCGCAGGACGAGGGCCAAAGCAGCACUCACCAUGGCCCCAGCAGCAGCAGCCCCCCCUAGAGGAGCGGGAGGCACCCAGCAGUAAGUCGGAGCCGGUAUCGUUCGGUCUGACGACGGAGCAGCGACUGGCCAAAGAGGAAGAGGAGAAAAACGCGGCUUUAGUGGAGCUGCAGUUUCCAGACGACAGGAGCUUCCCGGCGCUCGGAACUCAGCCUGGAGGCCAGAGCGAUGGAGGGAGGAGGAGAGGAGGAGAUAAGAGACGCUCACAGAAGAACAGGAAAAGUCCAGUCGAAGAAGCCGCAGUCGCCUCGCCGUCUACCGGAGACCGCCCUGACUCUUCCACUCCUCCCCUUUCCUCCGCCCCUCCCUCCUCCGUGUCUCCGCCCGUCUCCGCCGCCCCCGCCCCUAAACCAAACGCACACUCCAAAACCUCUCAGUCCGGCAUGGUCCCAUCGUCUGCGUCCCAUUUUUCUUUCGUGACGCCCGUUCUCCCGGCCGCGUCCAGCUCCUCCUCCUCCUCCUCGCUGGUUCCUAAGGCGGCCUCCUCGUCUCCUCCCACCUUCAUCGCGCCCAUCGCUCCGUCUCCCGCCGCGGCCCAGAGUCUGAUCAGUCGAACGACGCCGAGCCCUCCUUCAAACGCCCCUAUGGUUACCCACAAUCCUCCAGUGGUGACCGAGGCUCAAGCGUCGACCACGACCAGUAAUCUACAGACUCCAUCUCACCGCGACGUCUCUGAGCCUCAAGAAGCGUCGACCAAUCAGCUCCCACAAAACCCGGUCUGUGAACAGGUCCCAGUCCAAGAUCUGAGAACAGUCCAGACUAAAGCUCCUCCCUCUGUCCCAAACGACCAAAACACAUCUCAGAUCCAACCAACCCACUCUCCUCCUCCUCCUCCUCCUCCUCCUCCAGCGUCCAUCACCCACCCUCCCCCCGUUUAUCCAUCAUCUCUCCCCCAAAACGAGCCCUCUGUCCCGGCCGCUUUCUCCAACCAGGACCCCCCACCUCCACCUGCCCCCCAACCCCAGACGGAGCACCUGAAAUCAGAGACUCACCCGGACACGGCUCCUCCUCCUGCUCCACAGCCCGCCCCUCACUACCUGCCCCACGCCAUCCCCCUCCAGCAGCAGCUGGCUCAUUUCUAUCAGGACCCUCUGUAUCCCGGAUUUCCACAGGGAGACACGGGUCAGGUGGCCCCGACCCCGCCCAUGUCCACAAGCCAAUCAGGAGACGACCUGCCGCGAGAUACAAACAUCUUGAGAUUCUUCUUCAACCUCGGAGUAAAGGCGUACUCUCUCCCGAUGCACGCUCCGGUCAUGUACCUUUACCCUCUGCAGCAGACGCACACUCUGCACCCGAGAGCCUCCCCGUCGCCCGAGGCCCCCUACCCGCCCUUUAACCCCACCCCUCCGCCCCCACAGGCUCCUCCCACCUCAUAUCACCCCGAGCAACGCCCCCCCCGCUGCCUAUAACCCCGCCCACAACAACCCAGAGCCCACCCCUGCUUCAUUUAAUACGUUUGACCACGCCCACUCCAACCCACAGGCCCCUC